CUGCGCGCGAGCGAGAGCCAGUAAGAAGAGUGAGCAGGACGAGGCGGAGAGCGGCCCAGCCCUAGUCUCUCCCGCCCGCUUUCUGCGGCACAGUCGCCGGUCCGUAUUAUAUAUAUAUGCGCGGCGAAGGCCCAGGAUCUAUAAAAAGGAGGAGGGUAGAAAAACAAGGGAGGAAUUUAAUAACUUCGGAAGAUUUCCCGUCCCCCGACCCAGGAUUUUGGCGCAAGGCGCAAAAGGAGGAGGAGCAAUGGCCGCCGACUCGUUAGAGCCUCGACUCGACCGUCGCGGCUCCCUGCUCGAGGGUCGGGAAUCUCAAGUCGCACCCGGUUUUGACCCGUCUUUGGACCCCACGAUUAGACAGCUGUUCGAGCAGCAAGCUGAAAUCCAGGCGAAACUAGCAGCUCUACUUCCAGCCAAAUAUCUUCCUAACAGUAAGCUCGAGCUGGACAUGCUCCGUCGGAAGCUCAGAGCACUGGAGGCUUAUGUGAAGAAUCAAAACCUGCCAGGGACCGUUCCAAUAUUAUCUGAAGUCGAGGAUGCCCGCGCCCUGCAGUAUAAAUGCGAAUGCAUCGAGAGCUUUUUGAUCGACCAAGGUUUAGACCUUCAUGACGGGCAAUUCUUGCAUUCCUUGAAGUUGUACGGCCAGGAUGAUGCGCCGUCCGGCUACGAUGCUUGGCUGGAUAAGAACAUCUCAUUUUAUGACCCCAUAUUCCGGGGAUGGAGGAUGAGAGAGACAAUACCUUUGAUUUCUAGACGUCAGGCUUCCUUUAAAUGUUGGGAUGACCGAUGCGUGUAUUAUAUAUAUGGUUUUUCUAACCCCGAAGAUCGGGACGAACAUAUAAAGCAACAUGCCGGCCCUCCGAAGAGAGACUCGGGUCUUUCGGUGGGCACUAUUCCCCCAAUUACCUUCUCAGACCAAGCGUCGUCGCGACUAUUCGGCACCGACCAUAUAAACCGAAGCUCUCCAGCUGCUUUGCCACGGCUUUCUGUCCCUCCAUCUCUGCUCCCACUAGCCACUGCCAAUCAGCCGAGAGACCGACGUGAAUCGACGAUUGGGUAUCCUUUCGCGAAUGAAAUUCCUCCCCAACCCAGGGGAUCGGUCGAUUCUGAGCCCGACUCUUUGCUUCCGCCCCUGAAGCGAAGCAGAGUCGGGCACGGAAGGCUUGAAUCAAUAGGUGAACUUAGGUUGCCACGCGACGCCGGGCCAUGUCUCCGCUGUAAAGUUCAGGCGAAGCCGUGCGAUUCGAAAGACGACUGUGCGUUCUGCGCCGAACCGCCAAACUCUGCUAAUGAUGAAUUCUGGAGCGUGCUUGGUUGCCAUCGUGGCCCGCUGGUCGCGCUGGCUGAUUAUAUGCUACCAGAAGCUCUAUCACCGAGACAAGUGCACACGCCUGUCACUUCACCCCUAGCCAGGCGGCGUAAUAUGAACGAAUAUCUCGAACGUACUUAUUUAGUGACCCAGACCAUGUCUGAUAUGGUGAAGUCACAUCUAGAUUUUGAUGACGGCUUCUGGUGGACUGAAGAUCUAGCGUCGUUGCCAAUGCCCAAUCCUACUCUAGCGAACUAUUCGAAAGACCCCAAAGAUAAACCGCCGCCUGUACUGAAAGUCUUAGCAGCAAGUUGGAACGCCGAAGGAGUCCCCUUUCAAUUCUGGGAGCUCUUCAGAUUGACGGGCUUUAUGUCAGAGAGUCGGGAACUAGAAGCUGUGACUUAUCCUGUGCUUCAUCGGGCGAAAUUACUUCUAAGGGAGAUACUAUUCUAUGACUUACAGCAGCCCGAACCAUCGAUACGAACCGAGGUCAACUUAACGAAUGUAACGAGCGCCCAAAACUCGCCCGACGAUAUAGACUACGAAGGGCGAAACCGACUAAUUUACAAUUGCAUGGUUCAAUUCUUGCAAUCUUUCGAGAGUACGACUAUGCGAAGAGUCAUUUCGGAUCCAAAGAGCUGGCUGGCUGUUUUCGUUUCCCUUUGUAUAUUUAGUAUUGUGAGAACGAUCUUGGCCGACCUGAUUUCCACGCCGUCACGAACCCUUACUCCUCAAGCCCAAGCCGGUUUCCCCAUGUCCGCGGGCGCCACCGCUAUGCACAGCGUUUAUAAGGCGUUGGUAAGCGUAUUCGCCUGGUCUACGCCGAUGAUACUUGACGACCCUGCCCAGGAAUUAGAUGGGAACGAUCGCGCGUUAUUUGCUAAUACUGUUGCGGCUAUUCGAAAGGAUGACUGGCUUGCAUUAGGUAUCCGCUCGUCUAGGGAAUUCCUCCUUGGGCUCGGGAGCGGCUAUCUAGAUGGUAAUGCCGGAUUUAAUGGCUUCUUUAGACAACGGACACCCAUUUAUCGGCACGUCUCGUACCAGCAGCCUUCCCUCAUGGGCCAAGCUGCGGAUGUUCGAAAACCCGUUUUCCAAUGGCGUCCAAUUGACCCAUGGGCAAAUCGAAGCGAUCAGGAAAUGCUGCCUGCAACAUAUGCGAUAGAAACUCCCGAACCUGGAAGGCGGCAUACUGUAGGAGAGAAUCCUGUUUUUUCGCGCGCAAUCGCGAGAGGACUUAGCUCUCCUUCAAAACUAAGGACUUCUUACCAACGGCCACCGCUUCGGCGCGUAUUUUGUACCAAAUGCAAUGAAUACCCCGAGGGGUUCCGUGGCGAACACGAACUUCGAAGGCACAAUGAUGCUAAGCACGCCUCUUUGGUUAAGAGAUGGGUUUGUACGGAACCUCAGAACGCAAGUCCUAACAGUCCAGCACCCGUAAUACCGCUUUCGAAGUGCAAAGCUUGCGUUACGCAGAAACGAUACGGUGCUUAUUACAAUGCGGCAGCUCACCUACGGCGGGCACAUUUCCACCCACACAGGAGUGGCAAAGCUAGUGGCGAUUGGCCUCCAAUGACUGUUUUGAAGGAUUGGAUGCGCGAAGUACGGCAGUCGAUUGACAUUAACGAGAACGACACAUCGAGCGGAGAAGAAGAUAACGACGUACGAAUGAUGGAAGAUUACGCGUUGCCUCGACAGUCGUCUUUCUUGGAAGCUCCACGACUUGCGCCUGCGCCACCACAAGGACCAUUACUAGCACCUUCAAUAGCGCCGUCUUUGGAUAGCACUGCACAUAGUAGCCCAGUCAUACCGAAGGCCGAGGACAACAGAAAUCGAUGUCCCCAUCCGGACUGCGGUCGGGUAUUCAAAGAUUUAGCAGCACAUAUGCUGACACAUCAAGAGGAGCGGCCUGAGAAGUGUCCGAUAGAAAGCUGCGAAUAUCACACAAAAGGGUUCGCCCGUAAGUACGACAAGAACAGACAUGCGUUGACACACUACAAGGGCACGAUGGUCUGUCCUUUCUGUCCAGGGCCAGGGACGGCAUAUGAAAAGGCUUUCAACAGAGCCGAUGUGUUUAAGCGGCACUUGACAGCCGUACAUAAUGUUGAGCAGACUCCUCCUAACAGCCGAAAGAUGAUCAUCACCGGGAACAGUUCUCGGAAUGGUGGCGAUGCUAAGUGCUCUAUCUGCCAAACACGGUUCUCAACGGCGCAGGAGUUCUACGAACACUUGGACGAUUGCGUUCUAAACGUUAUCGUCCCUACAACGCCGAAGGCUCUGAAAGACAGGGUUUCGACGCCUCAAAAGAACGACGAACGGAACAUCGUCGUUGCGGUAGAGGAUUCCGACGAAAAAAGUAGGGCUGAAUCAAAGGGGGCGAUGGACGCCUCUUCCUCCAAAGCGAUAUCGAUAUCGCCGACACGAGGGGACAAGAUGGAUCUGGACUCGGACAGGGAUUAGGAUUAGGAAUGUGAAAAUAUAUGGGUAGUGUAUAUACGAUGGAACGAAAGAAAUGAGAAGGAGUUUGGAAGAUAUCAUGGUGCUACGAGAGCGACCGUUGUAUUCGUGUAUACAAACUUGGAACGCAUAUCAAGAACUUGAACGACAUAGGCUUACACGCCCUACGACAGCAGUGACCAAUUGGGUGUGAGGACCGCGAUGACAGGCUUGUUCGUCUAACUAUCGAGUUCGUUGGUGGUAAUGAUCGACGAGGAUGAAGCCGAGGCCCAGAGGUCGGAGAACUUUGGGAAGGAUUCUGUGCUUAGCGAGAUGCAGGACCCUUUCGUUUCCAAGUUAGGGUAUGGAAUCUUAUCGGGAAUUUAGCUUGGGAUCUAGUCUAAGCGUGUCCUUUUAUGAGAACGAGUAGUGUA